GAGAUGUAAAAAAAAAAAAAAAAAAAAAAAAAAAAAAAAAACAGGAGGAGGAAGAAAACCACACACUACCCUGGGUAGCUAUGGAGAUGGAGCCUUUUCCUGGCCGCUUUCUUUGACAGGCGUCGAGUAGGGGCUUAAAAAUCUUUCAAAAACGGAGUCCAACAUGUACGCCAAAGGGAAAGGAGCCGUGGUGCCGUCCGAUAGCCAAGCGCGAGAGAAGUUGGCUUUAUACGUCUACGAAUACUUACUACAUGUUGGCGCUCAGAAAUCUGCACAGACCUUCUUGUCUGAGAUCCGGUGGGAGAAGAACAUUACUCUAGGAGAGCCCCCAGGAUUCCUGCAUUCGUGGUGGUGCGUGUUCUGGGAUCUGUACUGCGCCGCCCCGGACAGACGCGAGACCUGCGAGCAUUCCAGCGAGGCCAAGGCCUUCCAUGACUACAGUGCAGCAGCGGCGCCCAGCCCUGUAAUGGGGAACAUGCCUCCUAAUGAUGGCAUGCCGGGUGGACCCAUGCCCCCUGGCUUCUUUCAGGGCCCUCCCGGGUCGCAGCCGUCUCCCCACGCACAGCCUCCCCCACACAACCCCAGCAACCCCAUGAUGGGACCCCAUGGCCAGCCUUUCAUGUCUCCGCGGUACCCGGGUGGACCUCGGCCGUCCCUCCGCAUGCCAAACCAGCCUCCAGUCGGGGUUCCUGGGUCACAGCCACUCUUGCCAAACAAUCUGGACCCCACCAGACCACAAGGACACCCCAGCAUGGGCGGCCCGAUGAGAAUGAAUCCGCCUAGAGGGAUGGGCAGCAUGGGUCCACAGAGCUAUGGUGCAAUGAGGCCACCUCCGAACUCCCUGGGUGGGCCAGGCAUGCCAGGAAUGAACAUGGGUCCAGGAGGACGGGGUCCCUGGCCGAAUCCCAACACUAACUCGAUAGCGUACUCCUCCUCAUCUCCGGGCAACUACGUGGGUCCUCCAGGGGGAGGUGGUCCUCCAGGAACUCCCAUCAUGCCAAGUCCAGGAGAUUCAACAAACUCAAGCGAAAACAUUUACACAAUGAUGAACCCCAUCGGCCCUGGAGGCAACAGACCCAACUUCCCGAUGGGCCCGGGCCCUGACGGUCCGAUGGGAGGGAUGGGCUCCAUGGAGCCUCAUCAUAUGAACGGAUCAUUAGGGUCCGGGGACAUGGAUGGGUUGCCAAAGAACUCGCCCAGCAACAUGGCAGGCAUGAACAACCCACCGGGCACACCGCGAGACGACGGCGAGAUGGGCGGCAACUUCCUCAACCCGUUCCAAAGCGAAAGUUAUUCACCCAACAUGACGAUGAGCGUGUGAUUUUUUUUUUUUUUUUUUUUUUUUUUUUUUUUCCCUUUUUUAUUAUUGUUAUUAUUAUUAUUAUUAUUGUUAUUAUUAUUUUAUUUCUUUUUAUUUUCCUUCCAUUUGUUUCGUGCCCCGCAUUUCUUUUGACACCCCACCCCACCCCCAACCCCUGCCUCGUGGAGCUUUGGGCCGGGCCGGACGUCGGCGAAGCACGGGACUCGCGCCAAAAUGGCCGCCGGCGACAGGAAGCAGCCCCCGAGCCACAGGAAGUGCCUGCUGACUGCCUCGCUCUGCCUUCCUCUCUGGCUCAGGACACUGAAAGAAGGGGCUUUUAGAAGAGAAGACACACACACAAACACACACACACGUGAAAGGACAGACUGAUGGGCAGGACAAGAACGUGUGUCUUCGUUCGGCUCAGCUCUUUUUAACUCACUCCAUCUUUUCUUCUCUCUUAAGUUUUCUUUCUCGUUCUUUAUUAAUGCGUUAGAUUUCACUCUGGGACAUGUGAUUUUUUUUUUUUUUUGGUUCCCCCUCCAUUUUAACGUGUACAUUUUUAAACACUCAUGAAGAUGUGACGGGCUAUGAACGUUUCCAUUAUUUCUGUGUAUGUAUUGUAUUAUUAAUAAUUAUUGUUCUUUUUUUUUUUUUUUUUUUUUUUGUAUUAAUAUUGUAAUGAUAAUUGAUAAGGGUAUUUUUUUUUUCCUCAGAAGGGCACAUUGUAUCUCAAUAACCAUGAAAUCGUCAGAGUAAGCACAUAUUCACGAUACCCAGUGGAAACUCUAUGAUUUAUUAUUAUUAUUGUUAUUAUUAUUAUUGUUUUUUUUUUGUGAAUUAGUCGAUGUAUUUUAUUUUAAUGUUUUUGGGGGAAAUUUCGAGCUUGGGGUAUUAUUUUUUUAAUUUUUAUUUUCCCCCUCAUGGCUUUGCGUGACUUUUUUUAAUUCCCCUUUACAUAAUGUAGCGAUUUGACAGAAAGCUCCACACCCGGGCGUUGAGCGUUUCUAAUAGUAAACUUCACUCCAUGAUUUAUCUCUUUGCUGUUGCUGUGUUAUUACACUUUCUGUCCAGAAAGUACAGUUAGAAAGCCAACAGCAUUCUGUGGCCUGUGUCAUAAUUUCACUGAUUGACGAAGAAGAAAAAGAAGAAUCUUCUCCCAUAGUCGAAAACCCCGUGUUUUUUUUUUUUUUUUUUUUUUUUUUUUCCCUGUUCUUUUCUUUUUUAAAUUGUGGUACUAGAUAUUUUUUGGCUUGGCUCACGUUUUAUUUAUUCUCCCCCCCUCCCCACCCUCCUUCAUGUGUGUAUGUCUUGCACCAUGCAGCUUGCUUCAGGACAUUGUAAACAUGUAAAUAAUGCCAGUCUAAAGAUACCUCCUGCUGAAUCGACCCCUGUCCCGCCUGCAUGUUCCUGAACCAGGGCGUCUCGGGAAGGGGUGGGGGGGGGGGGAACAAACGUCCGCCGAGACGCGCUCACGUGCUUUCUCGUAUCCGACGGACUGACUGAAAAGGCGUAGCAGCUCCUCGGCUUCUCAGACACGUUUCUUCUUCAGCACACUGGGUGAUGUGAGGUACCACGUCUGCAUCUGUUCCCACGUAACGUGCACCAGGAUGAGUGGAGGGAAAAACUCGAGCGUCGUCCCGACCCGCUCGAAUCACGAGCCACCGCUGCUUGUCUGGCUUUUCGGAAACGAAUCAAGACUACCUAGUUACCGCCGCCGAGCAACUCACGGAGCUUCACGUCACAUGAUCAUUAACACCUAAAGACGGAGUCCUACAACACAGAGGUCCAUCUUUAACUCCCAUAGCAGCGUACAGAGCAGGAUUUGUCAAUGUUUUAUGUUUUGUUUUUUUUUUUUUUCUUCCCCCUUUCCCGUCUGAUUUUAUUUCUUUUCUCUUUCUUUUUUUUUUUUUAAUAUUUGUUUAACUGUUUCGGGAUCCAUUCUGGUUGUUUCAAAUCAGCCACUGCUAUUUAAUUUGUUAAUUAAUGGGUAUCCAAAUGCUAACCUGCCUCCCACACUCUAAUCAGACCGCCUUGUACAUGACGUCACUCUUUUUUUUUUUUCUCCUUUCUUUAUCAUUUGCUUCUUGUAAAUACUGUAAAAUGCAUUUUGAUAUCAUUGACAUGUUUUUUGAUAUUCCAGUCUCGACAAAUGAACACAGCACUGGACGGAAAAAAAAAAAAAAAAAAGGUGUAAAGAAAACAACCUUUCUAGCUGAAGCUCUGUUCCCACUGGAGAAAAAAAAAACUUCUACGCAAUCAGUGAAAAGGAGAAGAACUCGUCCUAUUGCACUGAUUAAUCCACAGAUAAGGUGAAUGAUGAGAGGCAGUUCUGUAGCAGUCCUAACACACUCCUGUUUCAGCCUUGACCAAGUGCUCAGGAUCCCUUCUUUUUGGCUCUCACGUCCCACAGACAGACAGACAGACAGACAGACAGACAGACAGACAGACAGACAGACAGACAGACAGACAGACAGACAGACAGACAGACAGACAGACAGACAGACAGACAGACAGACAGACAGACAGGGCGGCCACGCUUGUGCACUUUUCCAGAAAAAUGAACGUGUUUCAAGGCUCAAAUCAGAAACUUAAAGGGAUCAGAGAUACAAACAGACUUUGUGAUGAAGGAUUUUUAUCUAUUUAAAAUAAAAAAUUAAAAAAAAAAAAAAAAAAUUAAAAGAAGUGAUUAAAAAAAAAAAAAGGGAGGAGGCAUUUCCUCUGCGUUCUGAGAUAUUUUCUAGCGUCAAAUCCCAAAUUGGACGCUACUCGGGGUGUGAUGUACAUUUUCUACCCCCCUGUAGUGCACUUACCUAGGGAGUAGGGAGCAGUUUGGGAUUCAGCCAGUGUCUUCGCCCUGUUUGCCAUACAAAAGUCUGUCCCAUCGGCCAUUUCUGUACUACUGUUGUGACGCUGUAUAAUAAUGUAACAUUAAGGAGAAACGGAAGGGAGCUUCGUCGUUCCUCGGGUCUUUUUCCGAGAAACGGAACAAGCAGUAUUGAGUAUGGAGCAGCGACCUCCUUCGAUUUUGCUUUGGAUUUCACGUUAGACUAGACUGGCUCCUUGUCUUCUAGGGACUUUUUUCUGUGUCUCGUGUAGUUAAUGUUUCUUUCUAUUGUAAAAAUUUCUUUAGACUGAAAAGGAAAAAAAAAAAACAAACAAAAAAGUCGUUUACCUAAAAAAAUGGAAAAAAAAAUGCAUCGAUAAUAAAUGUAAUUCUUUUCUUUUUUUUCCAUGGAGUCGUCACUUAUUUUUGCUCGUGUCCCUUCGUUGUAGAUACAAAUUUAAGACUAAUAAAAAUAACGUAAUCCCUUUUA